UAUGACCUUCACCUUACGGCUGACUGCAUGGAUGAGUUGUACUCGUCCCCUCCACGUAGUAGAGCUUUGUAUUGGCAUCCACAGCAAAAUGUGACAGUCCUAACGACGCUCACAAUGUGAUUAAUCUGGAUUCAUUUUAUUUAAGAAGAAAAUAAUUCGUUCAGACACAAAAGACUGCGGGGAAACACCUCUAUUCUACCUGCUGAACGCUCAGUAUGUUGAGUCCAGAGAGCGAAGACUUGGAGCUGGUCUAUCACGAGGAGGAGCCUGACGUCAGCGACCUGUCAUACCAUGGCCACGCCCUUGACACGUCCACUGACGUCAAUUCUGUAAACCCAACACUGCAAAAAGUAAGAAACCAUGAAACACACACAGAUGUUAAUUCGAAUGGUGCAAUAUUAAAGACCACAGAUACAACGAUCCAACCACUGCAACAUUCCUCUCCAGUAAAACCACGCAGCUCAGAGAGCGGGGAAAAGGCGCGAGAGACGUCGGGAGAGGAUGUACAGACGCGCCCAGACGGCCGGAAAGUGAUACCUGCUUCCCCGGAGCUCUCUGUCGUGGCAGUUAGUUUCUCCUCGGAGGGAGAAGAACAAGUAACAAUGAGUAAUGAAGUCGUGCAAACUCAAACCGACGGCCGAAAGGUGAUUCGGACAACUCCCGGACUCACGGACGACUUGAGAUUGGAGUUACAAGAGAGGCCCCUCAAACAAAGAGAUAUGAAAUUCCUGCGAAUGUUUGCAAUAGUGUCUAUAUUUCUCUUUGCUCCGACAGGAAUUGCCGCUUUUAUUUACGCCAGGAAGACAAAACAGGAAUUUGACGCAGGGAUAGAGAGGGGAAACUUGGACUUGGCUAGAAAACUUUGUAAACGCACAGAGCGUUUGAUAAUGUUAUCCAUAGUGCUGUCUCUGUUCACGGCCGUGUUAGCGUUCUCUCUGGCAGAGAAUGCUGUCACGAGGGAAACGGGCAGUUUCCAGGAUAGAUAUCUUUCUUAUUCACGGCUUCCAUAGGCGUGUUUGUUCAAUGUAAAUGUCACACGUAGUCGACACCAGGACGAGAAAUUGCCAAAAUUCAUGGCCAGAGAGGUUUUAUCAAAACAUCCAUGUCAGCCGACCGUGGGCGUAUUUUACAACAAACCACGAGCUUCGAACUUUUAUUUCACCCGUGCUUCCUACUCGUCAUAACUUGCCAACCAAGACGGUGUUAUAGAGGGCAAAUUAACGAAAUAUCGGAAAUAAAACAGGAAUUGAAGUGACCCAGUUACGCUUUACGUACUGGAAUUCUUGUCACAGGCGUGUAUUAAACAAAAGGCGCAUAAAGCAAUAUUUUAAAGAUGUGUAUUUUUAUCAGAUUUUGUGAUAACAAUUUUUGUAUUUAUUAAUGUUUAAGCAUAAGGUGUAGGUUUUACUUUUCAUGUCAUACGUAAAUCUCUGCAAUACUCUUCAUAUAGAUAGGAGGGCAUUCUCGCGCGAAAUGUGAUACAAAUUAAGGAACGAAUCUCACCCUGAAGGAAUUACUUAACCCAAAUGUUGUUUUCCCAUCUACCCAAUAUGCGUCAUUACAACAGUUUUGUUAAAAAGUCACUAGCAAGACACAUUUUUAAUCUUUUUAUUUCAUAUCACGAGAAUAGAUAUACGUUACUAUUAUUUUGUAGCAUAAUAGAUGAGCAUAUGUGUAAAUGACACGAAUCUCUGAUUUCAUAUUGUAUUCAUGUUAAAUAGAAUACAUAGAGCUUUAAGAAGACUCCGGGGACAGGCAAGAUAAUCUUUAUCUUUCUUUUUCUUCAGGUACUUUUAUUCUGAACAAGUUAUAUUUUGUCUUAUACUAUUUAUAUAUCGGUAAAAUGAUGCAGCACUGAAUGUGUCCUUUUAAUAUUUUAUAUUUCUUAUAUAGACGUAAUAUAGUAUGGUUUUAUCAGUAUUUUAGUAUCUAUGUAUGCGUACUGACAUCGGUAAUCAAGAAUUAAAUAAUGUGCGCUUUUUUCACUAAUAAGACACAAGAAAGGCACAAUCAUUAUUUUAAUAUCUUAGGGACGAAGGUGAUUUAACAUUGUUAUAGAUAUUAACAUUUAUGUUGACAGCAUUAUAAAGAAGGUCAUUAAACUUCAUGAUUUAAUAUUUAAAAUAAUAUGUUGUUGUAAUAAAGCACAUUUUGUUAAAU